UCAUUGUGGAACUAAUAGAACACUGCUCGUUUCUAAAAGCCAAUAAACAACAAAAGGCGCACUGUUUUCUACAUUUUUUGUGAUAAUUCUUGUGUUGAAUUCAAUUUGAAAAUAUGUCGAUGAUACCAUUUUUCCCGAAUUUGCAGCCGUCGGUGCCAAAUCAAUAUUGGUUCGAUAUGGUUCCCGUUAGUGAAGAGUCACAGACAACGCGCUAUGAAGAUGAGCGCCGAACUUGGCGGGAAUCAAUGAAAACAGCAGCGACAGAUCUACAACCACUCGGCAAGGUUCUUACCCUUCCCGGCAUUGAGACUGACGAUGAAGACGUUGUUACAGCCAACGAUGAUAGCGAGGACUCCGACAGUCAUGAUGAAGAAGACGAUGAGACCAACGACCGCAUACCGGUCACUCAAGAUUUCUACUCGGCUGAUGAUAUACAAAUGAAUGAUGAUACAUCCGCCACAGCGCCCUAGAUGUCAGACACGCACACCCAUUUGUCGCAUAGACUCCGUAUCAGGUAUUGAUUCUUGCGGUUUACUACGUUCGCUUUACAAACUGCAUUAACAAUUGUCAGUAACUUUAAGGCUUAAAUUAAAUUAAAACAAAAUAA